AUGACGAUGGUCAUUGACAAUCAAGGUCGACAUUACGGGGGGAUGGGUUACGAUCACAUGUAUCCCAACACCAUGCAUACCUCUCCGCAAUUCAGCGACCCGUGGCAACACCAAAGUGCCACUUCUGGCUCAUCAUUUCCGGCGUUGUCCAAGACAGAUAGUUCACGAUCUGCACUUUCUAUGCCAUACUCUCAGCUACCCCCAGUGACAGGGUCAUUGGCUCAAGGUAGCAGCUACUCCAGCGUCGGAUUUUCUGCAUCGGAUUUACUAAGUUAUCCUCAAGACAUUCCUCGCUCAACCUAUAGUGAGCAGGCUUACACCGCUCCUUCGGUCACAACUUCCUCAUAUGCACCAUCAUAUUCCUCCAUGAAUUACGCACAAUCGAUGCACCAGCAACAACAACAUCAGCAUCAGCAACAGCAACAGCAACAACAUCGAAAGUUAUCUGAUACGGUGGAUAACUCGCGAGCUGCGCAUGCAAGCUUCGGCGAGCUUGAUGCUUCUCGAGGCAUGCUCGCACUUAGCCAUUCCAAUCUACAAGAUUUGACACCUCGCAACAUAUUUGAGGCACGCGCUCAGCGACCCACAUCUGAUGCAUAUGGGUUUCCACAAACAGCCUCAAAUCAGUCAUCUAUUUCCAACGAGUCUGGUCGUGGUUAUCCAUAUUAUGCCCCUAGCUCCGUUGGUUCAGUCGGCGACAGCGCAACCGACUAUAGCUCGGCAGCAUCGGACGCUGGAUACGAGUCGAUGGCAGCAUCGCGCACUUUACCGCGACCUAAUCAAAUGAUGGGUCUACCAUUAGGACCUCCAGCACCACAGUCGAUGAUGGGACAAUUCUCUUCCAAGAUGUCGGCAAACACUCAGAAGAAACAUAAAUGCAAAAUCUGUGAUAAACGCUUCACACGACCAAGUUCGUUACAAACACACAUGUACAGCCAUACAGGCGAAAAGCCAUUCGCAUGCGACGUCGACGGAUGUGGCCGCCAUUUCUCAGUCGUCAGCAAUCUUCGCCGACACAAGAAGGUCCAUCGAGGAGAGACUACUUCGAAUGCGAGCCAUUCAGACAUUGAAGAUUAG